AUGAGUGAACAUGUACCAGAAACACAGGAGGACAAUGGUGAAAACAAGGAGGAGAUUGACUAUGAAGAUGAAGUUGAAGAAUCACAGGAGGACAAUGAUGAAGAUGGAGCUGAGGAUGAUGAAGAGGGAGUUGAUGAUACUCAAGUUAGGGUUAGAACUCAAGUCAGGAGGUUUAAGGGAUACUUACCCGGGAAAUUAGGGCAACCGAUGAACCUCCUGCCAGGGUUUGUUGGCCUCCAUGAUGUCCACUUACCAACGGGGUCUUCACAAAAGCAUGUUGCCCUUAAUGCUUGCCUUCAUGAUCGGAUAUUGCUCCUACUUCCCACUGAGAUUGAAGAUGCCAUUUUGGUAGAGUUUUGUUUCGAUGGAGGGUAA